CCGUUCUAGAUUACCUGAGGUGUUAAUGUACACAUGCGCUGCAGUUUGUCGUGGACCGAGAUAUUGCAGUAUUGCUGAUACACUGGCGUCGCCCAUCAGGCCUUUUCAGGGGCCCACCUCAGGGUGACUCUACAGCGCCGGCUACGACGAUAGUUUUUUCACCUUUGUAGCCACUUGGUGCGAGUGGGUGCUUCAUGGACGACAUAUCUCUGGUGUCACAGUCGCCUGACGCCUCGCAGGGGGACCUCGGCAUGACCAAGCAGUUCGGCGCCAGCGUGGGCUUCUCGGAUAAUGUGAGCCAGCGACAGAAAUGGUCAGACGCAGACCCCGUUCCGAAGCAGAUCGAGCACCUUGGUGUACGGUGCGUCCCAGUCGACCCUUCGAUCCACAUUGUGCCUCGUACGAAGUGGGAGAAAGUGGAGACGGGAAUCUGUAUAUUAGCUACGGUCCCAGGCAGCAGCCUGGUCAGAAUCAGGCUGGCCUGCGCUUACAUCAGACCCUUGUGGCCCUGGGCGAGUCCUGUGGUGGUGCCGCCGCCAACGACGUAUGCCAAACAGCUUGCGACAACUAGAUGGCGAACAUCGACGACAUGGUGAUGUCUUGGAAGGAGAUGGUGCCACCAUGUUUGGCUCCAUCCAGUGUGGUCGACUGCGCUGAUGGCGUUCAAGCGAAUAACCAACGAUAAGUGUUAGCGGCCCAUUUUUCUCGUGAUAUCCUUUCUAACUGACGGUGAAGCUCUGGAUGUUCGGUUCUUUGGGGCUCUCAGAGGAUAGGCGCAUUUCUAGAGGUGGACCCUUCAGAGGAUCAUCGUGUGCGCCAGGUGGUGGAGGGCUUGGUUUAUGCCCAUUGGCGUUUAUGGACGACUGGAGCUAACUCGAAGCGAACACAUCACGCUCUGCGAGUCAUUGCAAGAGUGAGGUGCCUGCGGGUCGUGGAGAAGCGACGUCUGGAUGUUGAGGAAGGGGAUGAUGUUGAUGUGGACGCAUGUUCAAACAAGGUGUUUGUGGUGUGGGCUCGCUAAUUUCCCUUGCCACGAGAAGCCCUUCUGGGUCCCAGCAUCUUCAGGAGUGAAGCCUCCUACUUCGGACGCGCGAAGGCAGACGGGCAAUCAUUGCUACAUAGUGUUGUUGGGCGAUGUGGCCGAGUAUGCGGCAUGCUGUCAGACAGUGCCAAAAUAUGGUCGGAUGCGAGAGCGGUUGAAUCAUGUCUUUCCGUUAUCAGAUGGUUUUGGGAGCUCCAUUCCGCUGGAUUCGUCGAAGUCAGGCUGGAUGACGUACCCUACGUCCGAGUGACCUCGCCUCUCCCCCCCCUCCUCCGUAACGGUAGCGAACGUACGGGGAGGGUUUCCCAGCCCCCCCACAGCGAUGGCGCCGUGCUGAUGGGCACGGUGUGGUGCUGACA